GCACUGAAUUUCUGCACAUGGAUGGGCUGCGCAGAGACAGGGGAGAUGGUAACACAGUCUGGGGUGAGAGAAGCCAAUGACAACGAUGGUGAAUUGAUCCACCCGUGCACCUUUUGCAGCAUAUUGGAAUUACUGACAUGUCCAACCUGGGUGUGCUCAGCAUCUGCAGGGCUCUUCUCAGAUGAGCUCAUCAGAGUUUACAGGCAAAUAUACGAAAAACAUUUGCAGGACACCUGCUCCCACACCCUCACACCUGGAGACCUUCUGCCUUCACCUCUUUGAAUGAUGGGCUGCGCUCACUCAUCGCCGCUGGAACCUGGCCCUGCUCCUCCGGACCCUUCAUCACUCCCGGCCAGGUGGGGUCCUCCUGCGUUUUAAGCAGAUGAGAGCACCCUACAGUUGGACUCGUUCAUCUUAAAGGUCUUUUCCAACCAAAACAAUUCUAUGAUUUCAUGGCCAUACUAGCACGGUGUGCGCCUGCCCCGAGCAGCUGCUGGUACCGGCUCUGCUGGCACACGCUCAUGAAAAAUUCCUUCCCAAAAAGGGCUGUGGGGCAUUGGAACAGGCUGCCCAGGGCAGUGCUGGAGUCACCAUCCCUGGAGGGUUGGACAGACAGAGAUGAGGUUCUCAGGGACAUAGGGCACUGCCAGGUGUGGGGUGAUGGUUGGACUCAGUGAUCUUGAGGGUCUUUUCCAACCAAAACGAUUCUAUGAUUCUGUAAUACUAAGAUCUGACACACAAAGGGACAUGUGCCCACACACAGCCCCGGGAUGGCAGUGGGCAAUGUUAUUAGGAAGAAGAGAAUAGGACAGCAGUAUUGUCACUGGAUUUCCAAGCCUGGAAAUAAUUUUGAAAAAAUUGACUUUUUUUUUUAACAGGAGCAUUUAAUCUUUUUUUUUUUUUAUCAUGUCCACAUCACCUUUUAUCAUGAGUGAAACUCCAGCUGUUUUUUGUCCUUGUUUUGUGGCUUCGUGAAGACAUAAAUCUACAGAUCUUGGUUCCUGUGUGUCCUUAGGGGACUCCUAGAGAUAUCAGUGUGCUCCAGUGAAAAUGGCUGUUCGCUCUCCAGCUCCGGUGCUUUACAGCCCACCAGAACAAACCCACCAGAACAAACCCCACUUGUCUACCCUCUGGUCCAAAGUCCCCGAGUUCAGAGACGUGAGGACACACCAGAUGGGCCAGCACGGCCUGGUGAUGGGAGCCAGGCUGGAGAAAGGUCCUGGAUGGAGAUGGCUGAUUUGCUACUUUGAACUUGUUGAGCUUUUUUUAUUGCUAAUUUGUGUGGUAGGGCAAGAGGCGUGUGAGCAUCUUCCUGUCCGUGGGCUGCAGAAUGGAGGUGACUCUUCCAAAGGCCACCACCAAGCAGCUGGGAGAGAGCAGGGCUGUGAAACAGCCUGGCAGGAGGUCUUGAAAUUGCUCGAUGUCUCUGUGCUGAAAAGCAAUACCUGCUGAGAUUAAACCCUUUGGCCUCCUUCUCCCUGUCUCCAAGGCAAACAUAGACAGUUCUAUUCAUACCCACAAGAAAUACAUAUUUCAGCAUUCUCUUCUUUUUGUGUGUGCUUUGUUUUAUCUAGCGCCAUGGAGCUUGGAUGUCUUUUUCAUCUCAUAUUGUGCUUUUGGAUGCAGCCGCUUUUAUUCAGCCCUCUUGCUGCCUUCAUAAAGAAUAACAGCGGCUGCUGUUGUUCUUUCCCCUGGAGCUUGGGCUGCUGUAAACCAAAGGGAAACUUUCUUGCUGGAAGAGGGAGAGGGCAGGCGGGACGCUGCCAUAUCCAUUUCCACACGAGAGCUGCAGCCCUGCUCAGGCCUACAUGGAGAGCAACAAAUUGCCCUAUAAAAAUUCUUUUUGUGACUUAUUCUAAGGAGACAGGCCCAACUUGUAAACUUGGGACUAAGAUCUCCUACUUCUGAAAUGGACAGCAAAGUCCAAGAUAGAAGCUGUGGCACUGAAAUCUAAUGGGAGUCUUCAGAUUCUGUCUCUCUCCCUCCCUAAAUCGGCAUCUGAAACCUCCUUUUCCUGGCUGUGGAAAGCCCAUUUUGUGGGCUUAGCUAAGCCCUCGUCUCACACGGCCUCUCAGCAACUGUCACAAAGGAGAAAGCCUUGCAUUUCUCCUUGUCUUGCAGUUAAAGAGGGACAGGAGCUGCUGGCCCCAGUGAUCCAGCCUCACCUGCAUCUUCCCAUGAAGUUAAUUUGGGGUGAGGAUGGGAGUGGCUGCCUUUCCAUAUCCAGGUUGAAGUCACACUAGAUGGGCACCCAAGAUGCACAAGCCUGUCCUGAGGUAUCAUCCAUCCAGCUGUCAAUGUCUGUGCUGCUCACAUCUGCGCUUCCCCCUGCUGAUGCCAUGAGCUCCAUGGUGCGGCCCACAGACAAGUAGAGCCGUGGUUUCAGCUCCGCAGGUCACCAGCUGCUGAUAAAUCACUUUUCUGGAGGUCAAUUGCUUCCUGUUUGCCAUUCAAAAUGCCUGAGCUGCCAGCAUGGACCGGCUCUGCUGGACACCGGCGAGAGGCCCCGUCCAUGGCCAGGAUUGAGACACUCUGAAAAACAGUAAGAAAAUAAGGAUCCCACAUUCAGACCAAGAGAAGGGAAAGGCUGGGGGUCACCUGGCACUCCUUCUUCCCAUUCUUUCCUGCUUCAGCCUUGCUGUGUGCCUGGAGGGAGACAAUGUUCAGGACAGUGUGUGUUUGGGGCUGUCUAAGAUGCAAUGGAUGCAUAAGUCUGAAUUAUAUAGGAUCCUCUCAUUAUUGCCACCUUAAAUAUACAUUUCCUCAUGCAGAAACCUUUCAGCCCUUGUUCCCAACCAUCCAGCUUGAAUUAUCUCCCAAACCAAGUGCUACAAACUGCACCAUACGUUCCCUGUCAGGCCUGUUUACCAUGGUGGUUUCCAAAGACCAUGAGUGAUGCCGGAAGAACAUCUUGUGGUGAUAUGUCGCCCUUGGACCCUGAGUUGUGAAUUGGGGUUUUAAGGCAUUUGAAAUCUAUAUCUGAAAUGUGAGACUUGUUGUCAUGCUCUGACCUGAGAGAUGUUUUAAACCAGGGUGGCUGCAUGAGUUAACCAGAGCAGCACCCAAAAACACCCUUCCAACCUCUAAGAUCUGCCCCUUCAUGCCCAGGUAAAUACCAAAACCUUGGGUUUUUUUGAAGCGGAUUGGCCUCCCUUUGCCUUCGGCUGCAUGUCUGCCCAAAAGUGGGACUGAGGCUGCUCCGACUCUUGUUUUCUGGUUGCAAAGGGCCAGGUGAGGGAUGGCCGGUACCAUCCCGGCUAACGGAGCUGAAAAUCUGACCCCUGGGAUGGAGGAGAUGGAAUGGGCAGUGUUGGGAACAGCAUCUCUUCGGCCUCAUCCGUCUCUUCAGCUGCUCAGCCCACCGAAGACAAAUGAACUGGAGGAAGCGUUUCCUCUGCUGAAGGCUCACACCCGGGAGGUUGCUCUUCACAGCAGAGGUCAAGAGUUGAAAAGUGAAGAAGAAAGGAAAACAGAUAGGAAGAUCCAUCUUCCCUUAGAAAACCCCCAGAGCGGGGGGCAUUUGGAAGUCAUUUUUCACUGCGCUGAGAGCUGUUUCUGGCCCUUCAGCAGACAAUUCUCUUCUCAAACAUCACAGUUUGGAACGGGGGAAGCACUUUCCCUCCAUCCUCAUGGGUUCGGGAAAAGGAACAUUAUCCUGGGUGCAAGACCUUCCUCCAAGGCCAAGAUUUGGGCUUUGCUACAAGGUGGAGCCCAUGGCACAUGAAAAAUUGCUCUGUUCCUCAGCAUGCAAACAUUUGAAAUGCAUUAGGGCUGAGAUGCAAAAAGGAAUGAGUGGCUUGGAUUUGCAGGAAUUAACACACAGCUUAAGAGGAAUGGCUUUUAAGGGAGAAAACCCAUGCAGCAAGAAGAAGGAGAAAUUCAGCAUGGUUAAAGGAAAUCUGAACAAAAUUCCUUUCUGGAAAGAAUUCAAGAAAAUUAUUUUCCCUCUGUAUUUCUGUCUGUCUUCUUCUGGCUUAUAAAAACACCUUGGCUCAGAUAUUACAUCAACCCUGCCUUUUAUUAAAAACCCCUGUUCCGGUUUUACAGAUUCCAUGCUGUUACAAGAAAGUAAAAUUUUAUGACCAGAAGCUGAAAUUAGGAAGGAAACUUUGUUGUUGUUGUUGUUGUCGUGGGUUGGAUUUUGUGGGUAGUCAUGAGGGUUUGUUUACUUUUGCUUUUUCUAACGCGCAGCCAAUGUCUCCGGGUCUCUGUACUCUGGGAUUUUUGGGAGAUGCUUGUUCCAAACAGGUGCUGAUGUGGGGGGAGCAGAGCCCUGGAUGGAGCAAGGCGAUGGGUGCCAACUUCCCUCCGAUGCCUUUGAGGGUUUUCAUGGCUAUUUCAGAAUGGGAUAUAUGCAUGGGAGAGCAAAUGCAUUUCAUCGCAUAGGACAGGUCCUGGGUAUUCGGCCUGGAACAGUCUCGUGAUGUGAGCAACGUCUCUGUACAAAAGCACAAGCUUGUCCCUCCUCUCAGCCUCCCCCUCAAAUCCAGAUCGGAUGGAUGGUGGUUUCGCUGGAACUUGUGUUCAACACCAGCUGCUUGUUGGCUGGGUAGUGCCCGCGGACUUUUGUUUUUUGCCAUCUCUCACUUUACAUGUGAUACUUGGGGUUUUCCAUUAAUUCCUCCCUCCCCUGCUAAAAAAAAAAUAGAUGGAAAAGCAAAAAAUGUUUUAAAAAGGUCCUUCCUUGUUGGGUGAGCUAUAGUGAGCCUUAGCAGUUACUACAUCUGGAGGUGUUGCAUGGAGUUAGAUGGAAGUUAUAGAUAUGAAUUACAGUUUUGGCUUCUUGUGGGACCUGGGCAAGGCAGUUUUGCAUCUCCAGGAUCCGUCCCUGCAGCCUCUGUUGCUCCCCAGCCCUUGGGACAGAUUCAGAGACCCCUGGGCUUGUGGGAACAGCAACAUGGGGCCACCCAAGCCAGCCUGGGGACCUCUCCCUGCACAGUUUCUGCUGCAGCACCCGGGGAUGGAGCAGCCAGAGGACAUCUCAGGGGACUUAGGCCAUGGAGCUCCUUUCCCCGCACUGGGAGCAGAGCUGGGCUCCUGCCCAGAGACACCAGCCAUGGUGGGAUGGGGGAUGUAGGUCAAGCCCCACAGCCCCUCCGUUUCCUUCCAGCCCAACCGUGUGUGCAACCUACUCGGGCCCUUGGAAGAUUUACGGAGCAGCCGUAAGUAUUUCACCAGCUCUUUAUUAAUAAUGCAGCAAUAAAAAAGGUGCAGCCUUUCUUUUCCAAGGACUCGCAGAGCCCUUAGUAAUCCAAGGAGGGAUUUGGCUCCCCCCAAUAGAUAGUUUUCUGGUGGCCACGCUUUACAGCCCCUUUGUUCGAGCGGGGCUGAUCCCCCAUCAUCAAAGUGCGAAUUGAGGCUCUGUGAUGGGCUCGUCCAUAAAUCUCUCCCCUCUAAUCCUUUCCUUUCUACCAUUUGCAAACUGGGGGAGGAAGGGAGUGGACAGGACUAAGCAGGACAAAGCUUUAACCCUUUGUGCUUUUGGGCAUCUUCUCCUUGUGAGCAGAAGAUGACGAUGUGUGGAAGGAGAGCUGGUCCACAGCAGCCUUUUAGAAGCAGGUAGUUAUAUUCAGCAAUUAAAGCCCAAAUGACAGCUUAAGGAGCUCCUUUGGAAGUUUAGUAAGUCUGCCACUGUAUAGAAGAAAUAAAUCUGGCUGCAUUACAAUCAUUUCAAACUACUUGAGCAAUAAAUGCAGAACUCUGCUCUUAUUCAUCCAUUACGUGGGUAAUGUUGCUUUGCUCCCUGCUUGGUUUCCAGGACUGGGAUGCCACAUGCCAGCCCAAAAUUCAGAGCCAAAUCAAAACUGCGGAGAUCACAGGUCGGUGAUAGGAGAUGGGGUGAUCCCAAAUCUCGUUUUGCUCUGUGGCUGGUGAUAUGUCAGGCUCCUGAAAGAGGUGUUGCAUCCCAGCUGAUCAUCAUGAGGAAGUGAUGGGGGAACUGGGUCAAGAACAAGAGGCAAGACGCUGAUUUUGGUCUUUGGGUGUUUGUGCAAACACCUUCGUCAAGGCCAAGUUUUACUAGACCGGACUGACGCUGUCAUGUUGUGGCAUCAAGCGGUUUCUUGGUUGUGAGUGGGCUUUUAUUGUCCCACUGCCCACUGGAGGUGGGGAGCAGGUCCAAGGUCCAUUGUGGUCACUGGAGGUUCACCCAGAGAACCUGGGAGCAGAACUUGUGCGGCAUUCGAUCUCCUAAACCUGGGUUUCCAACCCCUGCUGGCCCCAAUACCUUCAACCUGCCCACGAUGCGACAUCUCCAUCCCAAAGAGAGCCAGGAGCGAGCCUGGGCCAGGAGGAGCUGCCUCCUUCCCCCUGCACAUAUCUCCAUUCCUUACGCAUUGCAAAGGCUGAAAAAUGAACUUUGUGUCCAUUUUAUCAUAAAAGAUCCCGGGCUUUUUAAGCCCAGCUUUAUAAACAGUGAUGAAAGGUCCUGCAACGGGCAGAGGUCUGCUUUUGGAAUUGAACAAAUUGUCGUUUUAUGGUUCCCGUGUGUGGGGGGUGCUGUAAAUCUCCAAGCAUUUAAUGCAUCUGUUCUUUUCCAGCCAUGCUACCAGCGAGGAGGAGAGGGAGAAAUAUCUGACAUUUCCUGACAUCGGCUGCUCUCACAGCCCCCGGGAGUUCCUCAGGAAAGUUUUUAAAGUAAUAUUUAUGGAUGAUCAUGGUGAAUCAGGCCCUAAAAGGCUGAGCAGAGACCCUGCAGCGAUGGUAGGGCUGUCAGACACCACCAUGGGCAGGACAUCCAGCUGUAUGCUGUCCUCGGCGUGUCACCAAGACCAGGACAGUGCCGUCCUCGGCGUGUCACCGACAUCAGGACUGCGCCGUCCUCAGGAUGUCACCAACACCGGGACUGCGCCGCUCAGCAAGAAGAAAGAGCUGCAUUUAAGAACGGGGACAGCAGGGUUUGUUCCUGCCCCGGUACUUUGGGGGAACAUCCUUGCUCGAGACGGGUGAAACGGCGGUGAGGAAAGGGUCAAAACAUCCCCCCGACUGCAAGCAGAGGAAGAAUGUUGGCAGAGUAAACCUUGCCACAGGAAUAAAAGGUUGUCCUGACUGUUCAUAUUACUCCACAUGGGGUGAGUAAAACUGUCGGUCAGACUGAAGCGUCUGAUAUACAAAGGGGAAUAAAAACUCAUUAAAGGUCUAAAAGGAAACCCUAUUAAAAUACCAAAUAUAAAGUGGAGGAGAUCUGAUCACUCUAGUGCUAGAGAAGUGUCAGGGUUUGAAUGAACCUGGCUUUUUUUUUUUUUAUUUUCCUGAAAGCAGAGGAAAUGUGUUUUGUGGAAAGCCAGGUGGGAUGAGGGGCAGGUAGAGUGUCAAAGAGCACUGAUAAUAUUUCAGGGUCUCACUAGGAGCCUGAAAGACGAAGGGGAUUUAUUCGGCUUUCGGUGGGGAGGAGAGUGCUAGCAGAUUUUUGAAGGCAUUCCAACGAGGUUCAUAUUCAUCUGUUUCUUCAAUCGAGAGCUCUUGGCUGCCGCUGUGCCGAGGUGGGGACAUCUCCUCUCCCUGGCUGGCUCGGAGCCGAAGGCGAAUUAGCGCCGGUUGGGUCCUUGUGAUUCUCGUGCCCUGGCCUGGCUGUUGUCCCCCUGAAAAGCCACCAAACCAGAGCAUUUUUACAGGGCCUGAAAUAACCUGAGAACGGGCUUUCUCACGGCAUCCCGUUUCUGCUUUAUUUGUAGGGGAAGGAAAGAAAGUACAAGGGAAAGAGCUAAAGGAACAGUUUUCUUUCAAGCAUUAAAAAACCACAUUGUCCUGUGAGCGGUGGAAGUCACAAAGCCUGGUUUCCAAUGGGUUCGUGCCUCAUGGGUGACGGACUUUUAAAUUGAAUUGCACUGUGGCUGUGGCAGGUUUUCACCCCUUCUUACACACCAGAGAAGCCACGUGGGGAGAAAACCCGCCAUGAAUAACUCACCCAGAGCAAUUCCUGCCUGAUCAGCCACCCCAGAGUUCCCUUCUGAGGCAUCUCUGGUGUCUCAUAGGCCAGAAUGUUCCCAAGGCUUUGCCAUGACUGGGGAAUUUUUGUCCCAUCUCAUGCUGGAUUUGUAGUUUUCUGAUGGUGGUUGAACUCAAAGAAGGGUUUCUCUCUCACACACACACUUAUCUCUUCUCACAACACUUUAAGAACUUGUUACCUUUGGGAUUUUUACCUGCUGUCCAUUUGGCUGAAAUUGGCACCAGAAUUCAGUAAUUACCAGGAGCUGGGGCUGUUGGGGAACAGGAGGAACUUCAAAUAUUAAACAGGGCGGGACCCUCCUUAAUAUCACCUUCGAAAGUUUGCCCGUUAACAGAGGCAAUUAAUCAGCAGAGAUGCUGAAUGUAGCUAAAAAAGAUGGCAAGUCUUUUCCGAGAAGCUCAGUUAUAAGAACCUCUUUUAGAAUUCUAGCACUGAACAUCAUUUUCUGGGCCAAACAAGCACAAAAGCCAUGACAUGAGUGAGCUCCGAGUGCCUGGAAAGAUCUGUGACACAUUCCUCGGGCUCAGCAGAGCGAUGGAUUAGCACUUGUCCAUGUGGAAUUGCAGGUUUCAAUCCUCUCAGCUUUUUCCAGUCAACUGAUCUAUCCCAAGCCUUUCAGCGGGUACAAAUGGGCCUUUGACUUUCAGCAGAAUGAAGCAGAAAUAAAUAUAAAUGGGACAUGAAAAAAAUUUUUGAACGGGCGUUUUAAUGGUCUGUUCCCUCUACAGCUCUGCUGUUGCGGUCAAAGAGAAAUUCCACUUGUACUUCAGGAGCGGGUGGGUAGAAACCCACCUUCCAGCCCUCGCUCUUCACUCCAGGGAGCAGAACCCACAGCUCUGGCUCAGGACAGGGCAUUAUGUUAGACUUACAGCCUCUGGGAGCAGGAAAACUAUCUCUUCACUCCAAAACACAACAGACCUACAAGACACAGCCCAUGAAGCAGGAGCCGAUGAUGUCAAUCCCAGACCUUGAGCUUCGUGAGGUCUGGGCACAAAACCCGACGUGGCAGAGCCGCCCGAGCUCCGGCGACGUGAAAUUCAACCAACGCAUUUUACACCCACACCACUAAAAAUAAGACGCCGACGCCAACUCUUCAUCUGGCAAGAGAGGAAGCACCAGCGCUGCUGUGUUUUGGAUGAGGCGCAGCACUGAAGUCCUGACCAUAUUUAGCCAUAAGAUCAUCUCACAGGAUUUCUGCGUGAGAGCCGAGUUUUAGAGAAAUUAUUCUGGCCACGUGCCAGUUGUGCCGUUAUUAUUCCUCCCUGCUAUCUCAAUACUUCAUUUCAUCACCCGAAUUGCCGCGUUGAGUUACUCAAGGCUGUUAAAAUGCUGUCAUGCUACAGAGGCAACGAUAUGAAGGAAAUGACGUCUCCACUCCAUGCAGCUGAAAUCAGGCCACCUAUUUAGGUGUCGUGUUUAGAUUUUUCACUGUAAGCACAGAAACUUGAAACAUUUUGCCCAAAUGUGUUGAAAGCUACGAAGACAUUAAAGAUUAUUCAUGGAAUAAAUAUUCAUUUGCAGGAAGACCUUUUUUUUUUUUGUAAUGCAUGAAUAUUUCAGGCAGCGUGUUGCAAUGUGUGCAGCCGCUCACAGAAAGAGGUGAUCGUAUUCCGAGUGCUGUUUCAAUAGUUUCUAGUAUUAACAAUACCAGCAAUGUACCUCAUUUUUAUGAUUUAAUGGCCGUUUCUCCUUAAGUUAAAACACUUCCUAGAUUUUCUUUAACUAUUAACUAAUUACUAGUAGCUAAAAAUUCCAUGAAGAUUGGUCUUCAAAUGCUUCCCCAUCAAGCGCUCUCAUAUCUUCACUUUGCUGAUCAUUUUUAACUGCAAAUAGCGUUACACUUGUUGUCCUGAUCGCUGGAAAAAUGUCCUUAUUUUAUUUGUAACUCCCGUCUGCUUUUUCCCAUAGAAACAGCGAUGACUUUGCCAACGGCACACUAAUGUAUUGCAGCUUUACAUCUUCAGCUUUCCGUGUUUCAGAAUUUCCAUUUUUUGAGGCACUUUCUGUCUUGUCGAGUCCUGCCUGAGCCGCUGUGGAGCUCUGGUACCAUCUAGCGUUACCAGGGAAAUGCUGAAUAUCAGCCAAUGUGGCGUUUUCCUCGCUGAGCUGCUGGGCGUGCGGUAGGACAGUUCUGUGUGACGGAACUCACGAUUCGGGAUGAGCACGAGCGGUAAAACCGAUGUAUCCGCCGGCAGCUGCUGUCCCGUUGGUGUCCACAGUGGCUCAGGACGAGUGUCCUGGUCUGACGGGAGGGGAGUCAACCCUCUUGGCUGCAAGGAGGCCACAGAGAAUCAUAAAAUAGUAUCAUCAUUUUAAGGAGCAUUUAACGAAGAACUGUUGUUUUUACAUAACUGAGGACCUGGCGCCUGACCCCAGCAAGGGGGAAGGACCGAGAGACAUCGGACUAUGAAUCCUUAAUGUAAAACACAGUUUCUUCCUGGAAUAUAUACUGAUACCUGUAUGCAUACUGAUACCUGCAUUUACAAGUUAAUUUAGGGGGAAGGGUAGCCAAAGUACCAGGAAUCCAUAUCUUAAAUAGAUUGAUAAGGGGAAGGAUAUUCUAUGUAAACUGAGGCAGGGUCAGGUAGUCUGUAAACCCUGAAGUACCAACCAAUGGGGAACAGGGGAGGGAAAUUGCGGCUGGUAUUUUGGGGGGAUAUAAGCAGGGGCUUUUCGCCCUAUUAUGUGUGCCUACCUUUAGGUAGAACACCCAGUGUUGCAAUAUCAUUAUUAAAAAAAAAAAUUGCUGACAGAUCCUGCCUGAGCCUAUUAUAUUUGCAAAGUAAUUGUUUCCUACAGUCACUGUGGGGAGCGUGAGCAGGUUGUGCCCUGUGGGGCCUGGGCCACCAAGACACCCCCAAAAGGCCAAAGGAGAUGCAAUGGGGCUUCCCACCUCUCUCUUCCCCACUUGCACGACCUCAGGCGCCAAGAGGACCCUACACUAAUACCAAUUUCUGUUCCAUUCCGCAGCCUGUGGAGGAUGAAACGUUUAUUUAAGCACUGGAGGAGCCGGGCCCGCACCAGGCCCUGCGCCCCACAGGCGUGAAGCGUACGACUCCCUCUGCCCUCACCAAAUGUGGCGGCCCCACCGCAGCUCUCCCACCAAGCUGCCAGGGCGGAAGUAGUGCGGGUGGCGUCAGUGCGCGGGCCCUUUCCGGGGUCACCGCCUAGGAAGUACUUAGUUUGCUCAAAAAGUGGCGGCAGCGAGGGGUUCGACGGCGGCGGGACGGGAGCGGGGCCGGGCGAGUUCUCUCAAGUCUGGAUGGAACCUUCAAGGUUUUUUGAGCUGCUGGCUGCGGUGAAGAUCAAACAUUUCUGUCCCUAGUGUAACUCGCUCAACGCAAAUGAGGAGUUUGGGUCUUGGAGGAGCCUUUUGCUUCCCUUCCUGAGGAAAGGAACCUUAGAAGCGUGAACUUUGUGUCCCGUUUGCUGCCAAACCGUUCCUUUCUUUCGGAGUUCAGUAACCAUGGGGCCAUCGAAAGGAGAAGAGGAAGAGCAGAGCGUGAUCCUGAUCAGCGAUGAUGAAGCCGAGAACACACUGGGGAGUUCGGUUCUGGUAGUUGACCCAUUGGAGAAGUCUGCCCUGGAAGAGGAGAAAUCUGAAGAAGUUGUGGAUGAGGAAUGUGAACUGAUGGUGACUUUCUGUAAACAAGCAAAUGUGAUGCCUCAUGCAAGAUAUGACUGUACAAUACACCUGUUCGAGCGAACAGAAUGUGACACCUGCUCACCCCUCGGAAAAAAUGCUGAUAUUUGUGAUCAGUGCUACUGCUACAUUUGUGACAAACUCGCUGCUGAGUGCCAGAACUGGACAACCUCUUCCCUCUGUCACUGCAACGCACACAACAAAAGCAAAUUCUGGAAGGACCAGCGUGACUUUGCCUUGGCUGGUGUUCUCGUGAUGUUCAAUUUGGAGCUCACGGAUAUCGACGCGGACCUUCGGCACGGUGGAAGUCUUCUAAUAAAAUUUAUCCAGGAACUUUCUGUGGAAUAUAAUAAGUAUCUGGUUGGAGAAAAAAUUCCUCCCACACAACACGAAUGCAUUUGUCUCCCCAAACUGCCUGCUGGGCAGUGCAAUAUCUGCAGAUCGCGCAACACAGAGGUUGUAUACAAGUAUUCUGGAGUUUUUGCGCUGGUAACAAGAUUUUUAAAUCAGGCAGAACAAGAGAGUCCCAAGGCUGCUGCUGUCAUGUAUUUGGGAGCAGCUAAAGAGAUUGCACUCCAUAAAGACCCUGCUCUCUGGCAGAACCUUGGUCACACGGCUUCGUUAAAGGUUGCUGUCCCUUGUCUGCUUCAAAGGAUCACAACACAACUUCAGAGGAUGCUGGUGUUGUGUGACUUUCCAAAAAAUUUGUAUGAAAAGUUUGUUAAUUUCUUUCAGUCCAUCUCGCUUCCAUGUCACUGUUUUGGCUUCUCAAAUAGCUUGAAUGUUGUGCCAUGGGAUGAUAUGUUACUGACAACAGUUUUAAAAGGCCAGAACAUCACUGGUCAGAGAACACAGAAAGGAAGAAAAAUGCGUCUGUGGGAAGCAUUCCCCGUUAUAGAGGCUCGAGUGAAGAAAUUGGUAGACAAAGAGAACUAUAAAGAAGUUGUUCGCUACCUGAGAGCUGUCAAGUGCAAUGAUACCAAAGGGCUAGUAGACCUUCAAGAUAAAAUCCCAUUCUACUUGUGUAAAAGCGGAGACCUCCUCGCAGCCGCACACUCGCUGUUGUUCCCGGUGGGCAGCCUGGCCUGCUGUCCCGCCUGCCGGGUGGCGCCGUUCCAGUUUGAGCUCUACCUGAAGAUGUUCCGAACAGGCAGUGUCCCCGCUGGAAAGGAUAUGCUGGAUGCUGGGCCCUGGAUUACAGUUGGAUCUCCUUUGAAAGACGGUGUUCUAAUUAAGCAGGCACUCAAGCUCCUUUACAGCAACGUGUCACUGUACAGGAAUCCCAAAUGCUGGAGUUCCCUCAUCAUGAUCUUGGGCAGUAGCAGUUUGCUGGAAAAAAGUGGGCACCUACAUCCUCUAUCCCUGAAAGAACCGCCACUGGACUUCCAAAGGGGGGUGCUUGCUGCCAGCAGCGGCCUUUUGGAGGAGCUGAAGGCAAAAAUUAAUGUUUCUUUACCACCUACUAUUUUCUCUCCUCAUUUGCACCAUGAGGCUUGUCUUAUUCUUGCAGUACAAGCAAUACAACAGAUGCUUUUUUGUGACCUUCCAUACUUGAAUUCCUUCUUAGAGAUAGCCCUGGCUUUUGGGAAUAACUUUUGGGCUCUGAGGCUGUUAUUGGACCAUCUUUCCUAUGAAGAACAUGUUCUCCAUGGCACUGUCAGCCUGAUUUUGAGAGAUCUAAAUCGUCAGAAAGCAACAAUGCUAAAACUGUGGCAAAACCUUGGUCCCCAGUACGUGGGUGAAUUCCUUUGCCUGUUCCUGACGUGCAGGCACCAGAAGAUGCAAUCCAUUGGCCUCUUCACUCUGAGUAUUAUUACAGAGAACCUGCAUAUGUGUCCAUGGGCAAAGCAUCUUUGCAGCUUCUUUCACAAUGCGGGAUUAAGGCACCUGCCCCUUGGCACCACAGCUCAUCAUGAAAUCUUGAAGUUCAUGAGCAUUUUUGAAAAACUGUAAUUUGGCGAAAUCUUCAGGAAUAUUUUCCAGUUUGUCUUAACCUGAGAAAUCUCUUCCUGAAGUCUCUUGUGUUUUACUUCAGUUGACACCUCCAAAAUCAUUGAGCUAAAAACUGACUUCAGACAAACCCACAACUGAGAUCCUGGGUGAAGAUGGUGAACAGUGGCUGCAUUUCAGCAGAUGUGUUUGGGAAAUGUCCUGUCCUGCAGGUCCAUGUAUUAAGUAGCUGUUUAAAGAGGGAGUGGGUUUAAGUUUUGGGUUGGGUUUGUUUUGUUUUAAAAUGGUCUACAGAGAGAUGCUGACCAGGGAGGAAGGAGGAGAGAGACACACAGAUGAAGUAGAAAAGCACCACAAGUCUUUACUUCUGUGUUGCACAGAUGCGCUGUGGGCGAGAUAUUUGCAGCAGAAUAACUGCUGAGAGAGGAAAUAAAUUUUAAAAAGAAACCUGCGUCUCCACAGGUGUACAACAGUGUGCAAUAAAACGCGGUUUGCACACUUUUAUAUAACGUACAGGGUGUUUCAAAGAGAUGGACCCAAUUUUGUUGAAGUGCAGGCCUCAGAUUGGGUCCAUCUUUUUGAAACACCCUGUGUAGUUAUGAAGAACAAGCUACUCUUGAGAUGGAAGGACAUGAAAUGAGGCUUUCUUGCUCACUUCAAGAAACAAGAUUCAGGAAGACUUAAUGCAGUAAAUAGCUUCUUUUCUUUGUAAAUAAAAAUGAAGGUCUAGUUUUCGAGGUUUUCAAUACUGGGGCUUUUGUUUUCUGUGGUAGGUGACUUAGACUGAUGCUGAUGGUUCUCUGGGUUUCUCAAAUCCUUAUUAUAAUGGUAAUUUUAGGAGUUAACUUUUAUACUGUGGAGGGAGAAAGACAGCAAUAUUUCUGGGCUGGUUUCUGCCCUUUGCUCUGCUACGAUACCGUCUGCGUUGGUUUGGCAGUAAGGGGAAAAAAGUCCUAAUAUGUGAUGAGCUGUAUUUUGCACAUUUAAGGCUUUCAGUGGCUUUUGCUCUAAAUAAGCAAUGCUAUUCAAGUAUUCUGCUAAUGUGUACAUGCAUCUAAAUCAACAUAAUGUUCAGUAAAACUCCAGAAAUUCUGUC